CGCGUGCAAGGGCUUCUGGGAGGCGAGCCUUGGGGUCUCGGGUGAGGGGCGCAGGAGGCCGCCAUCUUGAGUUGCGAGCUUGGUCUCUAGGCUCAUCGCUAGGGGCGGAGUGGUGACCCAGCUGUUACCGCAGCAGACGCCGCAGCUGGGGACUGGAAAGUCAGAGCGCCGAUUGUGCCACAUUAAUAGAUGCCAUGGCUAGUCCAGGGAAAGAUAACUAUAGAAUGAAAAGUUAUAAGAAUAAAGCCCUAAAUCCCCAAGAGAUGCGUAGACGAAGAGAAGAAGAAGGAAUACAGCUGCGAAAACAAAAAAGGGAAGAACAGUUAUUCAAACGCCGAAAUGUCUCUUUGCCCAGAAAUGAUGAAUCUAUGUUAGAAAAUCCUAUCCAGGAUCCGGAUAUCAGUUCCACUGUACCCAUUCCAGAGGAAGAAGUUAUUACCACAGAUAUGGUUCAGAUGAUUUUUUCUAAUAAUGCUGAUCAACAGCUAACAGCAACACAGAAAUUUAGAAAGCUGCUUUCUAAAGAACCUAAUCCACCAAUUGAUCAAGUUAUACAGAAACCAGGAGUUGUGCAGAGAUUUGUGAAAUUUCUUGAAAGAAGUGAAAAUUGUACAUUACAAUUUGAAGCUGCAUGGGCAUUAACUAAUAUAGCAUCUGGAACUUUUCUACAUACCAAAGUAGUGAUUGAAACUGGGGCUGUUCCAAUUUUUAUCAAACUUCUUAAUUCAGAGCAUGAAGAUGUUCAAGAACAGGCUGUUUGGGCACUUGGUAAUAUUGCUGGUGACAAUGCAGAAUGCAGAGAUUUUGUUUUGAAUUGUGAAAUACUUCCACCUCUUUUAGAGUUAUUAACAAAUUCAAACAGACUUACAACAACCAGAAAUGCAGUAUGGGCCCUCUCAAAUUUAUGUAGAGGCAAAAAUCCUCCUCCAAACUUUAGUAAGGUUUCACCUUGCUUAAAUGUCCUGUCACGAUUGUUGUUUAGCAGUGACCCAGAUGUAUUAGCAGAUGUGUGUUGGGCCCUUUCUUAUCUCUCCGAUGGAUCCAAUGAUAAAAUUCAAGCUGUCAUUGAUUCUGGAGUCUGUCGAAGAUUGGUGGAACUUUUGAUGCACAAUGAUUAUAAAGUUGUAUCACCUGCAUUAAGAGCAGUUGGUAAUAUUGUGACUGGUGAUGAUAUACAAACACAGGUAAUUUUGAAUUGCUCUGCAUUACCCUGUCUCUUACACUUAUUGAGUAGCUCAAAGGAGUCAAUCAGAAAAGAAGCCUGCUGGACUGUUUCAAACAUCACUGCUGGAAAUAGAGCUCAGAUUCAGGCUGUUAUAGAUGCAAAUAUUUUUCCUGUAUUAAUUGAGAUUCUUCAGAAAGCAGAGUUUCGCACCAGGAAAGAAGCAGCUUGGGCGAUAACUAAUGCGACAUCAGGAGGCACUCCAGAACAGAUAAGGUAUUUGGUAGCCUUAGGCUGCAUUAAACCACUUUGUGACCUGUUGACUGUUAUGGACUCUAAAAUAGUCCAAGUGGCUUUAAAUGGACUUGAAAAUAUUUUACGUCUUGGAGAACAAGAAUGUAAGCAGAAUGGAAUAGGCAUUAAUCCAUACUGUGCCCUCAUUGAAGAAGCAUAUGGCCUGGAUAAAAUCGAAUUUCUGCAAAGCCAUGAAAAUCAGGAAAUUUACCAAAAGGCUUUUGAUCUUAUUGAACAUUACUUUGGUGUAGAAGAUGAUGACUCCAGUAUUGUACCUCAAGUGGAUGAAAACCAACAACAGUUUGUAUUUCAGCAGCAGGAAGCACCAAUGGAAGGGUUUCAACUUUAACUUGAAGGAGCAUUAUGGGGCUUCCCUGGUGGCGCAGUGGUUGAGAAUCUGCCUGCUAAUGCAGGGGACAUGGGUUCGAGCCCUGGUCUGGGAGGCUCCCACAUGGCGCGAAGCAACUAGGCCCAUGAGCCACAACUGCUGAGCCUGCGCGUCUGGAGCCUGUGUUCCGCAACAAGAGAGGCCGCCAUAGUGAGAGGCCCACACACCGCGAUGAAGAGUGGCCCCCGCUUGCCACAACUAGAGAAAGCCCUCGCACAGAAACGAAGACCCAACACAGCAAAAAUAAAUAAAUUAAUUAAUAAACUCCUACCCCCAACAUCUUCUUUAAAAAAAAAAAAGGAGCAUUAUGGAAAAAGUAAUUAUAAUAGAAAAUCUUAGUGGAUUUUUGUUGCUGUUCUAAAUUCAGCAAUCUACUGGCUGCUUUGUGAAACUGUGAAAUCAAAGUAAUUGUUGUUAACCUUUACUCAUUUUAGUUCAUAGCAUUACUGUUUUAUGAAAUGUAACAUAUUAGGAGCCAAUAUGACGGAUCUUUAAAAGGAUAAUGCAUCUUAAAUUCGAAUUGGGAAGUGGGAUGAGGGGAAGAUAUUCUUGCCAAACUAAAUAAACCAACAUUUGAGUAGUAUGCAAUAUUAUGAAAUGU